GCACUCAGGGGUUGAGCUUGGGCAAGGCGCUGCUCGCGGUGGGGCUCGCUCGGCGUCCUCCUAGUCCUGAGGCACGUGACGUUCGCUUCGGGCCGAUCCGCUGCUGCAGCCGCGGUGCUGGGCGUGGGGCGAAGGGGUGGGAAGUGGCGCCGGCGCCGGCCGCGAGGCACGAGACCAUGGAACCAAAGUGGUGGUUAUUUAUGGUUUUGCUGCUCCUUGGAACAGUGGUUCAGGCACAUGAUGGACAUGAUGAUGAAGAUGAUGAUGAUGACGAGGACGAUGAUGUAAUUGAUGUAGAAGAAGACCUAGAAGAUGGCAUUGAGGAAGUAGAAGACUCAAAGCUUGGAGAUGGUGUCACUUUUCCUCCAUCACCAAAGGUUACCUACAAAGCCCCAGUUCCAACAGGAGAGGUUUACUUUGUUGAUGCCUUUGACAAGGGAAUGCUGGUUGGAUGGGUUUUGUCCAAAGCCAAGAAGGAUGAUACUGAUGAUGAAAUUGCCAAAUAUGAUGGUAAAUGGGAAGUGGAAGAAAUGAAGGAAUCUAAACUUCCAGGAGAUAAGGGGCUUGUGUUGCUGUCACGAGCCAAACAUCAUGCCAUCUCUGCAAGGUUGAACAAGCCAUUUACAUUUGACACUAAGCCCCUCAUUGUUCAGUAUGAAGUAAAUUUCCAAAGUGGAAUAGAAUGUGGUGGAGCCUAUGUGAAACUGCUUUCAAGAACUCCAGAAUUAAAUCUGGAUCAGUUCCACGACAAGACCCCUUACACAAUAAUGUUUGGUCCAGAUAAAUGUGGAGAGGACUAUAAGCUGCACUUCAUCUUCAGGCAUAAAAACCCAAAGACAGGCAUCUAUGAGGAAAAGCAUGCUAAGAGACCAGAUACGGAUCUGAAGACCUACUUUACUGAUAAGAAAACACAUCUGUAUACAUUAGUCUUGAAUCCAGAUAAUAGCUUUGAAAUAUUAGUUGAUCAAAUGGUUGUGAAUAGUGGGAACCUUCUGAAUGAUAUGACUCCUCCUGUGAAUCCUCCCCGGGAAAUUGAGGAUCCAAAUGACCAGAAGCCUGAGGACUGGGAUGAGAGGCCAAAGAUACCAGAUCCUGAUGCUGUCAAACCAGAUGACUGGGAUGAGACUGCUCCUGCUAAGAUUCCAGAUGAGGAUGCUACAAAACCUGAAGGCUGGUUGGAUGAUGAACCUGAAUAUGUAUCUGAUCCAGAUGCAGAGAAGCCAGAGGAUUGGGAUGAAGAUAUGGAUGGAGAAUGGGAAGCUCCCCAAAUUGCAAACCCAAAAUGUGAAUCAGCCCCUGGUUGUGGUGUCUGGCAAAGACCUACCAUUGACAAUCCCAAUUACAAGGGCAAAUGGAAAGCACCUAUGAUUGACAAUCCUAACUACCAGGGAAUCUGGAAACCAAGGAAGAUUCCAAACCCAGAUUUCUUUGAAGAUCUAGAGCCUUUCAAAAUGACUCCUUUCAGUGCUGUGGGUCUGGAGCUGUGGUCCAUGACAUCCGAUAUCUUCUUUGACAAUUUUAUUAUCUGUGCAGACCGAGCAGUUGCAGAUGAUUGGGCCAAUGAUGGGUGGGGUCUGAAGAAAGCUGCUGAUGGGGCUGCAGAGCCUGGUGUAAUGGGGCAAAUGCUUGAAGCAGCUGAAGAACGUCCAUGGCUUUGGGUGGUCUAUAUUCUCACUGUGGCCUUGCCGUUGUUCCUUGUGGUCCUCUUCUGCUGUUCUGGGAAGAAACAACCUAGUGCUGCAGAGUAUAAGAAGACAGAUGCUCCUCAACCAGAUGUGAAGGAAGAGGAGGAAGAAGAGGAGAAAGAGGAGGAAAAGGAGAAGAAAGAUGAAGAAGAGUCUGAAGAGAAACUUGAAGAGAAGCAAAAAAGUGAUGCUGAAGAGGAUGCAGGUACUGUAAGUCAAGAGGAUGAAGAUAGAAAACCUAAAGCAGAGGAAGAUGAAGUUUUGAACAGAUCACCCAGAAACAGAAAGCCACGAAGAGAUUGAAAGAAUUUAAGAACUUGAUCUGUGAUUCCCUUUUCCCCCGACCCCUGGAUGUGAUCCUAGGAAGAGGACCUGGGAUACACCUUAUAUGUUGAAACCCAGAAAAACCUCAAGACUUCACUAUCAACAGAUUCCAGUCAAACACUAUCCACUGAAAUUUUGAGCAUCUAGCAGUAAUUAAUUGCAAUUGUGAUAUAAAGAACACCAUUCCUGUAGAAAGAAAGCGUUUAAUGUAUGGGCUAUGGAUUCUGGAUGUAACAUGAAGCAACUAACCUGGUGGUUUUUUUUGUUUGUUGUUUUUGGUUUAAAAUGCUAGAAUAUUGCCAAUCUUCAAAAACCUUGGCUUAAUUUAAUGUAUUAAUCUAUCCAUGGAAAAAUAACAGCAAAGUUUAGAAAAUGCUAGGUGAUGAAUUGCAGUUUUUAUAACGUAGUUUUUUUUUUUUAUAAACUUCGAUAUUCCAAAACAUUGAAGUGUCUAUGUCCCUUAAAAUUGAUAAUCAUGUUUAAAGUGAAGUCAUUUGUGUGGAUAAUAUUGAUUCCUCUCUCCUACUUUUUCAUUCUUCCACUUCAGGAGAUUUGAGAUUGGGGAGAAUUCCAAAACCAUAAUAGAUACUGUUUGAUUAGUCUGUAUUAAAAAGAGCUACAAAAAAGGUCCUUCUUUUUCCACUCCAUGUUGGAAGGAGCAUGAUUAGGCCACAAUAUGUGCGUGUGUUGUGUUGCCUUUGGUUACUGCUAAACUCCCAGUAUUCCAUAGUUGGCACUGAGAAUAAGUAGGAGAUGGGGAGACUUACCUUUGGUACUUAGACAUUCAGGCUUCUCAGGCUGAUUGUCUGGGCUCUAACCUUAAGUGUGGUUUCUCUAGACUUUGAGCACUACUCAUUGGGGCUUUCAAGGGGUAUGCAAGUGUGUAUGUGUGGGGUUUUAACAAUUUCUCUUUCCACUCUGUUGAUAUUGUUUCCCCCAUCCCAUGCUUUUCCCUGCUGCUAUGCAGUUUCUUCAGAGUGCAGCUUGCCCUCCAUUGCUGGAAAUAUUAUUUGCUCAGCACAGUGUUAAACUUAAGUGGUUAUAUAUAGGGUUUAAAAAAAAAAAAGACCGAAGUGUCUUCAGUGUCCAAAUACAGAGUAGAGCAUAGUUGAUCCCUCUUUUUUCCAUUUAUGUCUGUAGAGAUUACAUUGGUCAGAACAGACACAGGCAGAUUCAGAUUUGAUUUUAAACUGAAAGCAUGUGUUAAAAGUAUUGGGCUGGACAGUGAAGUUGCAUAGGGCUUUUGUAGCAUGAGCUACCUGUUAUAUAUAAUUGUUGAAUUUUUUCAAGUCUUCAUUUGCUCUUCAUGUAACAAUGCAUCUUAAGUACACUGAAUGUAGGGGAUUCCAAUUUAAACAAAAAAGUUUUCUAAGUGACUUAGUGUAUUGCCGGUCUUGGGUCUUUGGGGGGGUGGGGGUGGGGGGGUGGAUAAAAUGCAGGUCAGGGUUAUCUGAGCAUUUACUCCAAAGAGUCAGUGCUUUAUAAUGACAUCACACUCUACUGAAAAUAUAUUGGGAGCUGAUGUUGCUAUUUUAGCUCUAUUUGUUUAGAAUAGCUUGAAAUGUACUAAUUCACUGUACUUGCACUGAAUAUGUAAACACUCCACAGUGUUUUUAUUGAGAACAGCAGGAGGUAAUAGCAGAGAAUUCUCAGAAAGAAAUGGUGGUGUCAGCUUAUUUUGCAGACUAUACUACUCCAUGACUGGCACCUUUCUUUAAAGGUUGAGAGGCAACAGGUAGAAAAAUAGAUAAAUUAUUUUUUUCUGCCUAUUCAAUUCCAUCUCCUUUCAUGUUGUCUUGCUCUAGGUCAUAGUGGCCAUAACUAUCGCAAUGAAGUCCAGUUCAAAUAAACCUUCGUUUAGUAAGGGCCUGAAAGCAUGUUUACAGGUAUCUACUUGAAACAGAAGUAUGGGACCAUUGCACUUCCAACUAACUGUACCUUCAGAACAUAUUGUGUUGCCUCUAGUUGAGUUUUGAUGAUUUUCUUCCUCCUGGGCUGUGAAAACUUAGACUGACCCUACAUUAUUUUGUUUCUUUAAAUUGAGCAUCUUUGUGUACCCUUACAUGACCAGGAAGUUUUCAGGACUUGUUCCAUAGACUCCAUAUUAUUUCACACCAGUGUUUUUAUAAACAGUAGCUCUCCCUGGUUCUUUCUCUCCUUUUCCAGUGUAAGGUGAGGCCUCCUUCAAUAUUUGACAGCUUUGUCAUGGAUGACCAGCAGCACUUUGCACAGCAGCUCAACAAGAGGCAACAAUUUAGUUAUUUUACACUCCAGUUGUCUGGUUCAUUAAUGUACAAAUUCCUGUCCUCCACCAGAUGUGCUCCUCAGUUUCUCCCAUUCACAGAAAAAAGUGCUAUUUUCCAUUUGUCAAGCUACUAAGUGGUGUUGCAUUAAAGCUACAUGUCAAUCUC